CACGGGGAUGCCUUUAGACACAGAAUCCAAAGACCGAGCGCCUCUCCUCUUUCAGAUUCUCCGACAAUGGCCACGACUUCCGCUGCGCUCCCGUCCAUGGCCGCCCUGUCUCUCUCUCCUCCUCCUUUGCUAUCUGCUUCUUCCUCCUCCUGCUCUCGUCAAUGCUUACACCCGCCUCGCCCGCGUCGAAACCUCGUCUGGGUCCUCAACCCCGGCGCCCCCGGCGGUCCCGUAUGUUCCACCCAAGUCCUGAAAGAAGGGACUCGCGACGACAGGGUCGUCGUCGACAGAUCGCUCCUCGAGUUCGAAGAAGCGUCCUCCGAUGACGAGCUCUGGGCCGCCUCCUGCCUCCGCGUUCGUACCUUCAAUCAGUUCAACCCCUCCACCUAUGCCGUCGAGGAUCUUAAAAGAAGCUUGGCUGAGCGUGAAUUCGAAGCAUUGAAGGAGCGUAUUGCUGGGAAGAGGGAGAGCUUUAGGAGAGUUUCUUGCAUUAAUGCCACCCUCCCAAUGUCACAAAUUAUGAUUGGUUCAAAUGAUUUAUUAUCAACAUGUAAGUUCUCAAAAAGUGGAAAAGAUCGAGUAGUUGUGGCUACCCUUGAUCUUAAUCAGUGCCUCUGGCUUCCAGAUGAAAUUGUUGGAACAAAACCGCAGCAGGACAUUGGAGCAGAUUUUGCUAGGGCAUACCUGAGCAAUGUAUGUGUUGCUGAGGAACUACAAAGAAAUGGACUGGGUUAUGCACUCAUUGCAAAGUCAAAGAUUGUUGCUCAAGAAUGGGGCAUAACUGAUUUGUAUGUCCAUGUUGCUGUUGACAAUGAAGCAGCAAAGAAAUUGUACAUGAAAAGUGGGUUCGAGUACGAAAGCGAGGAACCUGCAUGGCAAGCCAGAUUUCUUGACCGUCCUCGAAGGAUUCUUUUGUGGACCAGCAUCGCUGCCUCCUGCGAUUUGUGAUGUUACAAUGUUCCCCAUUAUUGCAUGUUGUGGUCUUGCAUUAUAGGGCUGACCCAAUAGACUAGAUAAUGGAUUUGAUUUUUUUUUUUUUUUUUUUUUGGGUGUAAAUGUUGAAGUCUCAGCUUCUUUGUUCAUAGUUUAUUGCCUGCAUUACCUUAGUGCAUCAUUUUUUCAUGCACGAUUCUUUGCGAAUUGAAGACAGUGCUAUUUUGAAAAUGAAGACUCGAACAUCCCCAUGCUCUGUCCGAAAGCUACGCUUUGCCGCUUCCUCUUUUAGCAGUGCAGGAAGAAAGGAGAGCCCCAUUUACAUGUGGUGGAGAACUGCAUAUAUAUCUUCUCUAUUGGGUCAUUUAUACUUGUAAUCCACGUAUCUUGUGUUGCUUUCAACUCAGUCCAUGAUGCAUUCAGCUUGUGCA